AUGGAUAUCGGUGGCGAGUGGAUUGAAAGUCGCUGUGGAACUAGAAGAAGUUUUGUUUGUCAUGGAAACACUGAUACCAGUGGUCUCAUUUUUGUAGCUGAGACCAAAUCAUGGAGGGACGCUCAGAAUCAUUGCAGGGGGUUGUCGUCUGAACUCAUUAGCAUACACUCAGCAGAAGAGAAUGAGGCAGUACAUAAUGUGUCUGGUUCACAAAAUGUGUGGAUUGGCCUUUUCAAAGAUCCCUGGAAGUGGUCUGAUGGAAGCAAGUCAUCAUUCCGUUACUGGAAACCCUCUCAGCCUAACUACAUUAAAGAUCAGAAUUGUACUGCUGCUAUAUUCAAGGAUCAAGGAAAGUGGAAUGACCUGAAAUGUGCCAGAAAGCAAUGUUUUGUUUGUUGUGGGGCAAGAAAAUCAAUUCCAACAACCACACUUCAAACAAGUACACAGGAGACCCUGACAACAGAGCCAACAAAUAUGACAACUCUUCCCUCAUGGAUCACUUCAACUGAAGCGACCAUAAUAACGUUUCAUUUAACCGUGGCUACUAAUCAAUCACAUACUACUAAUGUUACCACCGAAGAAACAACAACUGCCAAUGCGCUGACAACAUCAAAUACCACAGAUCUUGUCUCAAGUACGACAAGCACUGAGCUCAACAAUACAACUACAGAGAUGUCAACUGUGACAACAACACAGCAACGUCCCACAACUACUGCACAAGUUACUACAGACAGUGUCUCUACAUUAACAACACUGAUGGAGACUUCAGCCCAGACCACUGCACAGUCCUCUAGUGUAAAGCCCACUGAAAGCAGUCAAAGUUUGCCUACAGGAAACCUGAUAUUAAUCCAGGAAAAUAUGACAUGGCUUGAAGCUAUGGGUUACUGCAGGGAGCACCAUAUUGACCUUGUCCAAAUUACCACCAAAGACAUUCAGAGGAAGGUGGCUGAAACAGCAAAAAACGCCACAUCACCCCAUGUUUGGCUAGGUUUACGUCACACUUGUAAAUUUAACUUUUGGUUCUGGACUAAGUCAACUAAUAGCUGUUACCAAAACUGGGCCCCUGGACAAGGAUCUGAAGGGAAAUAUGACUGUGGUGUUACAGGUGCCCUUGAGGCCACUGGGAGGCAGCAGUGGACCACCAGAGUGUGGCCCCGAUCCAGACUGCCUGCUGCCCUCACUGACCUGACCUUCACUAGCGGCCACAUGGAAGACAGAGCUCACAGACGCUCACCUUCCUGUCUGCACCCUUGGGUCAGUCAGUCUCUGGACUCCCCCCUCACCUCCUUUUCUCACCCUCAUCUCCUCUUGUGUGCUGUCCAGCUGGCUCUGACCUAUGACCCUUUCACCCUCACUCCUGACCCCUGA